GCGGGAGAAACAAAUAUGGCGGCAGGUUUCGUGACACCUUUAUAAUCUACUGAAAGAAAAGGAGUGUUAUUUACAUAGACAUUGCAGUUAACAUGGCCAGGAGUAAAAGGAAAUCAUCAGAAGUUGACAGUGCAACAACAGUGCAAGCCAAGCGACAGAGGUCCAGUAGAGUUGACCCAUGUCCAGUUCAGGAAGAAGGUCUACUUGGACAGUUGGUCAGCAAAGCUGGACUGACCAUUAUGUCUAAGAACAGACCAAAUGAACUAAGUGUAGACCCUGCUGUAUUCCAGAGGAACCUGACCUUGGCUUUGAAACGACAUCCUGAUUUUCCGAUGGUGGUUGAAGAGUUCAUCAGUGCUAUUCAGAGUCAUAUAGCUGACCAAAAGAGGUUUUACUGGAGUUUGAUGCCUACGGGUGUGGAUGCGGAUAGUGAGAAUGUUUCUAGAGCAGGAGCACAGGACAGUUUGCUUAGGCUCCUUUUGGGCAUUGAUCUGAUUCAGCCUGCUGUGAUGAAGAUGUUACUGGAGAAACUGCCAGAAUUCACUGAAGAUCAAGAGUCAAUUUUUGAACAAGGAGAAAAAGUUGACAUGCCAAAACUGAUAAUGAAUCAGUUCAGGUGGCUAGACAGAAUAGUCAACAGCAAGGAACUGACAGAUAAAAUGAUGGAAAUAGUGAGUAUUUCUUCGAUGGAUGUGCAGAGAGAGGUGAUCACGUGUAUACCUGAGGUGGUAGAUGACACAGAGCAUGGAGAGGUGGCACUGCAGCUCAAGGAUUUAUUGACAGAUAACAACCAGUUGAUAGUUCCAAUUCUUGAUGCUCUGUCAAAUUUAAGUCUUAAACCAGAACUGGCAUCAGAGGUGAAGGAGUCAGUCCUGCAGAGUCUCCCAUCCAUAGAACUGGACGACCUCCCGGUAGUGGUCAAGUUCUUACUGCAGACCGUGACCAGUCAGGACGCUCUGGACGUGGUGUCCGAACUGAGAAACAACUUGGAUUUCAACUCCAGCUUCCCGCCUACUUCAUCUUCUACUCCGCAUGGAAAAAGGGCUGCAACUGGAAGGGCAAGUGUGGCUCCAAGGGCUCCGCGGGGUGUAGAGGCGUUGACCUUGGAUGCCAUCAAGUCUGCAGUCAGGUUUCAAAAGAAUGUGGCAGAAGCAUGGAUUAAGGCAGUAGAGAGUGUUAAGACCCCCGGGGAACACAAAGUAAUAGACAUUCUGGUUCUGCUCGUGCUUCACUCAGCCAGCGCCAACAGGAAAAAACCAGUGGAAAGUCUUUUAAGAAAUAAAAUCAGGGCGGGCCACUUCACAGAAUUAUUGCUGAGAGCAACCUUUGGGUCACAUGGUCAGGUGCUGAGGGACUAUUUUUCCUCCAUCUUGUCUCUGGCUGAGGUGCUGUUGCGCUCACCUGAGCCAGCCGUGGCUUCCUUCGGAUGUGCCAUCUACAGACAUGCUUUUGUCACAUUUGACACUUACUGUCAACAGGAAAUAGUUGGUAACCUGGUCACCCACAUAGGGAGUGGUUUUCCCGGAGAGAUCGACUGCUCCCUGGAUGUGCUCGCUGAACUGGUGGAAAACAACCUGGAGAAGAUGGUGCCAUUUGCAAUAUUUGUCAAGGGAGUUUUAGAUUACCUUGACAACUUAACAAUGACCCAGAUCAGAAAACUCUACGCCAUGCUAAGUGUGUUAGCUUUUCGGAACUUCAGAGAUGGGGGAUUGAUUCAGGAUGAUAUGCACAUUCUGAUCAGAAAGCAACUGUCAAAUAAUAGUACAAAAUAUAAGAAAAUGGGAGUCAUAGGUGCCAUGAUGGUUGUUAAGUGCCUCUCUGCAAACAGCCCUGGUGGAGGUGCAGACGAGUCUUCCACAGAGGUGACGAUGUCAGACGAGAUGUACAAUCAGGUGGUGUCGUUGCUACAGUUAGUGCGCGCCAGUAGUAGCAAGAGUCCGGAUGCAGCGGGUCUCUUCAUGGAUGAGCUGGGUAGUGUGGUGGAGCGAGGCGAGAUAAAUCAAAGGAUCGAGGCCUGGAUCAGUGAGAAUGUGAUCAGUGACUUCCAAGAUGAUUAUGUAGUGGACAUAGAAACAGGGGCCCCUAAAGAAGAUGGAAUGGUUCCCAUGACACUGGAGUAUGGUUUAGAUGACACCAGUGAGGGCACCAUAGCUGUUAAUAUCCUGCCUCUGGUAAUACAAGAUUACAGGCACAGGUCUCACUCACUGCACAGUAAGGGGAAGGAACAGGAGAGAGAUGGAAUGGUUCCCAUGACACUGGAGUAUGGUUUAGAUGACACCAGUGAGGGCACCAUAGCUGUUAAUAUCCUGCCUCUGGUAAUACAAGAUUACAGGCACAGGUCUCACUCACUGCACAGUAAGGGGAAGGAACAGGAGAGACAUGUGUCUCCCCUGUGUUUAUCUCCACAGUUUAGAGUACUGCAGAUAUGUGAAAGGCGACAGCAGCAAGGGGACUUAGAAGGCAUAGAUGCUUUACUAGGUUGUCCGGUUUAUUUCCCCAAACCUGAAGUAUUUGAGAAGUUUGAGGUUCUCUCACAGGAGGAGAAAACAGAAGUUUGCACCACUCUGUUCCACACUGUGAACUGGUUCAGAGAGGUCAUCAAUGCAUUUGCAACCCAGAAUGACCCAGAAAUGAAGGGCAAGGUCAUCACUCGGCUUCAGAACAUUACACAGACACAUAAACUGAUGGAAAAAUGUUUGGCAGCCACUUUGACCUAUGCACCACCUCCAGCUCACUUUGAUGUAGACGAUGGCCAAGACAAGCCAGUGUCCAUGUCUGGAGCAGUGAAAAAAGGAAAGAAAACAGCAGGAAAAGGGAGGAAGAAAGAAAGUAGUAGCAUAUCCAAAGACGAUUCUGAUGAAAGUAAAGAUUCCACACAAAUUGAGAAGGACUCUGAAAUUAUAGACAAGGAAGAUGAGAACGAGAAACAGCAGGUUGUGGUAGAUUUAAAUCAGUUUCGACACUUUUUCAGGGAACUGGACCUUGAGGUCUUCUCCAUUCUCAGCACAGGAAUGAUAACCAAAUCUGCCCUUGACUCACAACUCAACACCAGUGAUGAGACCACACUGCAGCUCCAGCCACCCCAGUUAGCAUUUCUCCUUGAAGAUCUAACCAGAAAACUUAGUCACAGCCUCAUAGCCUCUGCCUCUAAGAGGAGGAUGUUUCUCAAGGUAAAGGGUUCCAAGAAUGCAGGUUUUUCCCACCUGGACCAUCAUUCAGCCAGCAGUGUGGCCAAGAAAGUGGUUCUGUUGCUGCCAGCACUUUGUGAUCACUUAGGGGCUGCCUCUGGGUUCUUUGAGGCUCUCACCAGUGCUAAUGAUGGUGUGAUUGAUGGUCCAGGCAGCAUGAGUGAAGAAGCCAUCUUGAUGGGCACUUGUUUUCAGCAUCUUCUCCAGGUCUUGCUAACUUUCUUCUCUUGGAAUGGCUUUGUAAUGGCAGAACAUAAACCGUUGCUGAAGGAAGGUCUGGUGGUACUGGCAAGCAGGAUGAAAGGAGCUGCAGCCAAGAAUAUGACUUUCCAGGAACUACUGAAGCAAAAUUUUCAGUAUUUGGAGAACUUUUCCGGUUUUGUUCCAAACUUGAUGACGGCAGUGACUCUGGUGAAACUUCUCGUCGUGAUGGCGGAGAAAGGAGACAGUGGACAGUAUGGUGCUGCUAUAGCUGGAAUGGCGCAGGAGUUCUUGAAGAGGGAGUGGUUGGGAGAAGACGGACAGAAGCCAAAAGGAGCAAAACAUAACGAGAUGCUGCAGGGGCUGAUACAGAUGUACCUGAGUAAUUCUGAAGAUGUCCUGAGUGCUAUAGAGCACCUGUCCACUACGGCUAUUCCCGAGCUGGUCCAGUCAGACAAGAAUGCUCAGUCAGACACCUAUCCUACACUGACCAGGAAUUCCUUCGGAGUGUAUUACCGAGUGAUUCUCUCAGAAUUGGUUGUUGUGGUGAGAGGAAUUCCUGCAGGAAAGCCAUCUGAUUCUACACAGGUCAAAGUUGAUAAGUUGAUUCGCUGGAACCUUGCUGUGAGGACAUUUCACAUAUUGGUCAACUUAAUCAAGGUAUUUGAUGCUAGGGGGAACCUGACCUCAAUAUUCAAGUAUGGUCGCUUGUUUGUUGAGGUAUUUCUACGCCAGGGUAUGCCAUUGCUUGACCACAUGUUCCGCCAUCACAAAGAUGAUGUACAAAGUCUGCUGAAGAACCUUCAACUGAGUACGCGGGCCAUACAUCACAUGUGCGGACACUCAAAGAUAGUGAAAGACAUCAGUCUGACCAACCAAGUGCCCCCCAUGAAAAGAUGCUUGGAGCUGUUUGUGUACAGGGUCAAGGCCAUGCUGACAGUCAACAAGUGCUUGGAGGCAUUCUGGAUGGGCAACCUGAAGAAUAGGGAUCUACAGGGUGAGGAGAUUCUGUCCCAGGUCUCGGAGGCAGACACUGCCAAUGCAGGAGAUGAUACAGAAAAUGAUGCUGACAGCUUACCUGAGGAUGAGGAUGAUGAUGAGAGUGAAGUAGAACUGGAGAGCAAUGCUAGUAAUGAGAAAGAAGAAGAAGAAGAGUCUUAUAGUGAACAAUAUUAGCCACUCUUUCUGUCACACAGACUGAGAGCCAUUUUUUGUGCAUGAUUUCCUUACUGUUUUUCAAUUGCAAAAUCUCAUAAAGAGAUUAAACCGGUGCUAAAUUUGAUCCAUCUCACUUCUGUGGCAUGAAGUUUUGUUCCUAACUGUCACAUUAUUGCAACAAAUGGUUUACUUCCCAAAGUUACUCUAAAAGUUUUCUCAGUUAAAUAAAAGUCCUGGAUGCUGCCUAAAAGUGACAGUCAAUUCUUUCAUUGGUUAGAACCUUGGUAUUUAUGUUAUAGCAUUUGCAUAUCAAGAUUUCAUACUUUGGAAGAAUGCAUGAAUUUUUGGGGGCUAUUGAGAUCUUAUUGUAAAAAAAAAAAAAAAAAAAAAA